AUGAGUAUUGAUCUUAAAUAUAUACCUAAUGCUGAACAGCUUACAACGGAAGAGCACUCAGAGAAGGAUGUUUACUCUGUUGAAGGAAGUAACAAUAAUAGAGACGAUUUAAGAUACAGCGACUUACCAUGGUAUAAAGUUUCCCAUUUACGUCACCUCAACUUAUGUGUAUUAUUGAUUUCGUUGUCAACAACUACCUUGGGAUACGACAGUUCUAUGUUGAACGGUUUACAAUCGUUGGCAUACUGGAGAGAUUACAUGGGAAACCCCACUGGUACUACUUUAGGUGCUUUAACUAAUGGGACCAUUUUUGGUUUUAUUUUAGCGAAUCCAAUGGCUCCCUAUGUUGCUGAUAAAUUUGGUAGAAGAGUUGCUAUUAUUUUUGGUCAAACGGUCAUUAUCAUUGGCUCAGUCCUUCAGGGAGUUUCCACCAAUUACGCAUUCUUUCUAGUAUCAAGAAUAAUUUUAGGGUUUGGAUCCAUUUUUUCAAUGGUCGCUUCUCCAGCACUUAUAUCAGAGAUUUCAUAUCCUACCCACAGACAUGUCACUACUACAUUCUUCAAUACAAACUAUUAUGUUGGAGCUGCCAUUGCAGCUUGGGUCACAUUUGGAACUAGUGGCCUUAGUAAUGAUUAUUCCUGGAGAAUUCCUUCUUACUUGCAAGGGUCCAUAGCGCUCAUUCAAUUGUCAUUAUUCUGGAUGGUCCCAGAAUCACCAAGAUACUAUAUAAGUAAAGGAAAAAUAGACAAGGCUGAGGAAGUCUUGAUAAAAUAUCACAUCGGGAAUUCUCAAGAUCCUGCCGAUAUUGGCUUAGUCAAAUUUGAGGUGGAAGAGAUCCAAGCUGCAUUGGAAAUGGAGAAAAUGUCUGCAAAUACUAGCUAUUUAGAUUUCUUGAAGACGCCCGCAAAUCGUAAGCGUGUUUUCAUUUGUUUUUUUAUUGCAGUUUUAAUGCAACUUUCUGGAAACGGCUUGGUUUCUUUCUAUUUAAGUAAAGUAUUGAAUUCAAUCGGUAUUACUGAUGAAAAAGAACAGUUGAAAAUUAACGGGAGUUUGAUGAUAUAUAACUGGGUCACGGCAGUAUCUGUUGCGUUCAUGGUUAACAGAUUUAGAAGAAGGACUUUAUUCAUGACUUCAACAAUUUUGAUGUUAAUUACGUAUGUUAUCUGGACAGUAUUAUCUGCAAUUAAUGAACAGCGUAACUUUGAGCAAGCAUCACUCGGGAAAGGAGUUCUUGCUAUGAUAUUCUUUUAUUACUUGGGAUACAACAUGGGUGCUAAUGGCUUGCCUUACUUAUACUUAACUGAAAUCUUGCCUUAUAAUCAAAGAGCGAAAGGUAUUAACCUCAUGUUGUUCAUUUAUAAUAUCAUUUUGAUAUACAAUGGUUUUGUUAACCCUGUUGCCAUGGAUGCAAUUUCCUGGAGAUAUUACAUUGUAUAUUGUUGUGUUAUAGUAAUCGAAGUAGUAGUCGUCUACUUCUUUUUGCCAGAAACUUCUGGAUAUACAUUGGAAGAAGUUUGUCAAGUUUUUGGAGACACUCCAGAAAUGGUUGCAACUGUUAAUGGUCCUCGGUCUAAGACAAGUGUGAACCACGUGGAAAGCGUAUAG